AUGGCGCCAGGAGGGGCGCCUAACGACGCCAACCUCAGCGAAAUGGCGCGUAGAGGUCAGAGCCAAGAAACUGAAAAAUCCACGACUACACUAUCAACAAUUGCCGUAAAAGCUGGUGUCAAUGCCUCCAUAGUUGUUGCGCUUCUCAAAAACUUUCUCAUCUUUCUUAACUAUGACACUCAGAGCGCUGGUUAUAUCCAACUCCGAGUGGACGAAAUGCAACCGAAACUUCUUUCCAUUGGAAACUCAUCACAAGAAGCAAAGGAUUUAUUGAAUAUCCACGAUGAUCUCAUCAGAAGACUUCAAGAGAAAGACGAUCAAGUCUUAGCUCUUUUGAGUCGAGCCGACAGCCUUGGAGCCGAGAAAACGAAUCCGAACGAAGCGAUUGUUUACGACGAAAUGGCGAAAAGUUUGCGGGAGACCUGGAGAUCCUUGAAUCGUCAACUUCUGCUGCGUGGAUAUAUGCUGAGAGAAACUGUCCAGUUCUACACAUUGGCUGAAAGUCAUCAGAGACUCUCUACAAAAACCAUUGAAAUCGUGGAGCAGAUCAAUGAACAGAAUUCCCAACAAUUAAAGUCUUCCAUUGAUAAGCUCAUCAAUGAUAUCAUCGAUACCACCGCCUCUGUCGUAGACCUAGGAUCUUCUGUGAUCUCUCAAAUUCGCACACUGGGACAACUAGAUGACAAUCCAGAGCGACCGCAGGAGAUUCUAGAAGCGUCUGUGAGAAUUGAAAGCAUCAUGUUGAGAGUGGCUUCCGAUUGGGAACGAUCCGAAGCUCUGUGGCAGGAGAGAAAGUCAGGAGCUGCUCCACAGACACAAACGACCACAACAGAAGAUGAACUGGUUGUCAUUGAACAAUGGCUCACAUACGCAGAGAAGAAGGUAAAAGCCCUCAAUGAAGCUGGACAGAAAAACGUUCUCAAUGAAGGAAAUAAACAUGUGGCCCGUCUACGAGAUCUUGCCCAAACCCCAUCGUCGGAUGGAGGUAGAAUCUCUCAUCUGUCUGGAAGAAUUGAAGAAUUCCUACACUACUUGAAAACCAGAAUGAAUCGCUCUCAACGUAUUCAUGGAUUCAUUCAAGCCGCCAAAUCGAUGUUAUCUCAGCUGAAUAUGAUGGCUGAGGACAUGAAGAGUGCGAAUGCGGCGAUGGCGGGAGAGUUGGCGCCACUUGCUAAACAGAAAGCAUCACCAUUGAUUCAUGAAGGAAAGGAUAUUGCUUCGAAGGAAGUGUUGAGCUACGAAGAACAGCGACUUGUGAAACAGUAUGUGGAAGAUCUAUCGGAAAAAUUGAAAGAAAUCGAAUCUCUCGCCAAGCAGAGAAAGGAGUCAGGAAAAACAACUUCUCAUAAUAUUAAACCAUCUCAUUCAGUCUCCACGAUAAAAUCAUGGCUUGACGGUCAGGCAUCUGCGUUCUUGGCCCAAAAAGGAGAUAUGGGUGGCAAUUUGAACGAUGCUCGUGAUUUUGUUGUGGCUCACAAGCAAUUCGCCACUGAAGUCGUCAACAGAGAUGCUGAUGUGAUGAGUCUUCUUGCAAAGAAACCCCAAAUGUCUCCAGAAGAAGAACAGCUAUUGACAGAAUUCGUCAAGAAUUAUGAGAAGAUCAAGGACAUCCUAGAAAACCGUAUUCAGAUCGGAACCACUUACGAACAAGUUCACAAGUUUGGAAAAGAUCUUGAAGGAUCGUUCGAUGCACUUCAAACUCUCCUGGAAAAUAAUCAAGAGUAUACCAACGAAAAGGUUGCUGCACAAAUUUCAAAUGUGUUCCAGAUGAUUUUAGAGACAUUGAGUCAGGAGAAACAUCAAGGUUUGUGGAAAUCCAUAUGCGAAUCUAUAUUUAGAACUUCAGGAGAGAAAUUUAUUUCUAAUGCGACCCAAAUUGGAAAGUCAGACGAGUGGUUGAACAUUCAAAGGGCUCAAGAAGCAGUUAGAAAUAUGAUCACUGAUCAUGAGAAUCGAUUCAAGUACGUUCAACACAAAUGGACAGAAUGGCAGAUGGAUAAGAACUCUACUACAAAAGUGGAGAGUGUGAUGGAAGAGAUUCAGAUGUGGCAAACGGAUGUGUUGGAGUUCAUUGGUAAAGUUGAUAAUUCCAGUAUCACCAAGAAAGAGGAAGUGGAAGAGACCCAAAAGAGAAUUUCUUCUUUCAAAAACGCCGCUGAUAUGCACAAAACCACUCUUGAAACGUUGAAAGAAGAGAACAAGAACGAGGAACAGAUCAGCCGAAUCAAUGUAUUAAUUGAUAAGAAUGACUACAUCAAGACUCGUCUGGAUCAAUUGAGCCAAAAAGUUGAGUUGGCCUCUCUUCUGAAAAUAGUUGAAGAUGUUCAAAUCUGGCAAGAGGAAAUGGUGGAAAUCAUUAGAAAUAUGAAUCAAGUCGUCACUACGCAAUCAAAUAAUCAGGAACAAUUUGAACACGUCAGACGGAAAAUUGAAGAUUUGAAAGUUGAAGUUGACAAGAAGAGUGAGCAUUUGGAGGCUUGUAAGACACUUUCCCAGAACGAAACGUUCCAAACACAACUUUACAAGACUAUCCAAAACCAGGAACAAAUCCGCCUCACUACUCUAGAAUUGCAAGAGAAACUCGAAAUCACAAAGUUGAUUCGUGUUGUCCAAGAGAUUCAGAUGUGGCAAGAAGAAGCUAUUGAAAUCAUUCGAAUGUUGGAUAGAACUCAACCAGCUAACAUUCAAGAAGCAAAUGAACUCAUUGACAGAGUUCAUGAUCUUCAACAAACAAUUGAGCACAAGUCUUCUAGAAUUCAAGAAGUUAAGAAAAUGUCGCAAGUACCUGAAUUUGUACAAAAAAUGGAAGAGGUCGAACAUGUUCAAGAGCAAUUGAAGCAUCUCACUGUUGAGCUGGAAGAGAAAUUGGAGCAACAAAAGUUGGUGAAAGUCACGGAACACAUUCAAAUGUGGCAGGAAGAAAUGGUCGAGAUCAUCAAGAUGUUCGAUAGUACUCCAAUGAAAACUGUUCAGGAAAGUGAAGAACUCCAAGAGAAGGUGAAGCUUGUCAAAGAGGCAAUUGAAGUACAACAGCCAAAAAUCGAAGAGGUUGUAUCCAAAGCCAAAGAUAUCGCAGUCAAGACACAGAUUGCUAGAGCUGUUGAGCAACAGAACGUGAUCAGAGAAAUGACAGAAAACUUGGAGAGAAAGGCUAUUUUCGCAAGUUUCGAAUUGUCAAAGCCGCAACAAACAAUUGAAGAGACAAAGACCAUCGAACUGACAAGUCUCGAACAAACCCAGAUUACCUUGACUCCAGAAGAAAGACAAGAACUUCAAAUACUGAAAAAGAUUAUAGAAGAGAUACAGAUGUGGCAAGAAGAGACUAUCGAGAUUAUUCGAUUAGUUGAUAAGGCACCGAAGACAAUUCAAGAAUCGGAAACACUUGUGAAGAAGGUCAACGAAAUCCAUCAGACUGUGGAGGCUCAGACCAGACGAUUGGAAGAUGCAUCCAGAUUCACGAAGGAUGAAACUUUUACCAAGACUGUUCAAGAGAUGAUGACUAAGCAACAACAAGUUCAACAGCUAGUUAAGGAACUUCACGAGAGAGCCGCUUCUCAGAACAUUGUCAUUCGUAAGCAGGAAGAAGAACGGCAGAGAGUUCAGGCACCACAGAUCCUUACCCAGCUGAAGGACGACGAGGUUGAUGAAGGAUGCCGUUAUGAAUUCUUGGCAAGAAUCAACGGGGAGCCUGAGCCAAAAAUCUCAUGGCUGAAGGAUGGAAUUGAUGUGAAGAGCAACAUGGACUACCGUCAGGAAUACGUGAAUGGAGUUGCCACACUGGUAAUUGAAGAGAGUUUCAUCGAGGAUACUGCAGAAUACACUGUAAAAGCUACAAAUGUUGGAGGAUCCGCUUCAAGUAGUGCCAACUUGAUUGUCAAGUCGAGAAGUGCAAUGUCAUCCGCAAUUCUUGAAGAAGACAAACCAAGAUUCGUGAAACAAAUGCAAAGUGUUCAAGUGAAUGAAGGAGAAACUGCUCAUUUGGAUUGUGUGGUUGUUGGAAAACCAGAACCAGAGGUUACUUGGUUCAAAGAGGAAACUGCAGUCAAGGAGAGCCAGAGAGUUCAUCUUACAUUCUCUGGAGAUCACUGUCAAAUGGUAAUUGAUCAAACUGUUCCAUUGGAUACCGGAACAUAUACCGUCCGUGCCAGGAAUGUUCACGGAGAAGUUGCGAACUUUUGUCAGCUUCGUGUUCUUCCGAAAAAGCAACCACCACCACAGACACCACCGAAACCAAGAACUCCAAUUCAAAGACCUCCAGUCAUUCAGCCCCCACUCACAAACACCACGUGGCAAGAAGGAGAAACUGCAACACUCCAAGUAUUCUCGUAUGGAGAACCAAAGCCAAGAGUCCACUGGAAAUUCAAUGAUUCUCCAGUUCAAACUUCGAGUCAAGUGCAAAUCUCAGAGCAGGAAGAUGGAUGGUCAAGACUCACAAUUCAACAGAUUUCCCCAGUCAACGCUGGCAUGUAUACUGCUGUUGCUGAGAAUGAAAUUGGAGAAGCUGUGACUGGUGCCACUGUUCAUGUUCAACCAUCAUUGAAGCGAGUGGUUACCACUGAACAUCAUCUUCAAGAAGAUCUUAACGAACAAAUCGGUCAGUCAAUUCAACAAACAGUCAUCACCAAAACAAGCUGUGAAAUGGAAAAUAGAGAACGAUCAGAUUUCCCACAACCAAGAGAGCCAGAAAAGAUUAUCGAUGAGAAGAGAUGGGUUGAAUUGGUGGAGCAACACUUCGAGGAACAUCUUUCUCAGAGAUCCAUUUCUCCAGUUCCUCAAAUUAGAGAAGUCAGAAAGACAGAAUCUCAGCAAAGGUGGAUCGAUACAAUUGAUGAGAUUUGGUCUCCAAUGAGAGAUGUGGAAGUGACAGAGACGAGAACAGUUUCUGGAAUGAAUCAAUAUAGUUCACACAAUGUUCAUGAACCUUCUCCACGCCCAGUCGGAUAUCAUACAACCACUACAACCACCAAUAUCUCUCAUAUCGGACAAUCCCAUGAACCAAUUCAGCCAGUUAUGGGAAGAUCUACAUCAUCGAAUGAGACAGUGAGAACAAUGAAUGUGGCAACUAUCCGUCAGUCUCCACAAAGAGAAGUUUAUGAAGCCAGAACGACACCCGGACCAACUUCUGAGCAUGUGGCUACUAUUAGAAAGACUCCGGUUCGAGAAACACAUCAAUCUUCCAUUUCGAAAGCUCCAUCUCUGGAGAAUGUUGCAAAGAUCCGUCAGUCUCCAGUUCCAGAAACUCAUAGAUCCACGUUGACAAGAAGAAGUCCAUCCGUUGAAAAAGUUGCUAGAUACCAACAAGCAGCUCAACCAGAAACCUACCAAGCAACGACUACUGGAGGACAACCAUUGGCUAACAUUGCACAAGUACACGCUCCAGCUAAGCCAGAGCGUCAGGCCAUCACUAAAGAAGCUCCGCAAAUAGACAGAAUCGAUGACAUCCUGGCGACCCCACAUGAGCAAAAGGUGACCACUGUUGUCAAACAGACGGAGGAAAUCACAGGUGAUGUUGAUAGAGAGUAUCAAGAACAACAACAGAAGCAGAAACAAGUCACGAGCACAGUGACUGAGACAACUUCUGGAGAGGGAUGGGUUCAGCAUCAGCAUCAAGACUUUGUGGAGCCACACAAAUCUACGGUGACCGUAAAGAAGUUGGAUAUUGAGGAGUCACAAAACAUCAACCAACAGAGGUUCAACCAGCCUGAACAAAAGAACAUUGUCACUGAAAAAAUUCAGGAAGAUGUGCACAGAGAAUCAAGAAUUCCUGUGAAACGUGAGCCGCAAACCACUACCACUGUUACGGAAAUGACAUCUGGAGAAGGGUGGGUUCAGAAUACUCAUCAAGAUUUCCAAAAUCCACAUCUUUCCACGACAACUGUGAAGAGAUUGGACAUUGAUGAAGGACACCAUGUGAACUAUCAAACUGCUCAGCAAUCACAGCAACAAACUGUGAAAACACAGAAGGAGGAAGAAGAGGAGUCGAGAAUGAGAAACGAAUCGAAGAUUCCAGUGAAGAAAGAGCCAAAGACAACAACUACGGUGACUGAGACAACAUCUGGGGAGGGAUGGGUUCAGAAUGUUCAUCAGGACAUGAGAAGACCGGAACAAUCGACAAUCACUGUGAAACGGUUGGAUAUUGAAGGAGGAGAGCAUGUUCAACACGACAUUCAGCAGAAUAGAUCUGGACAGCAAACUAUCACAACCAAGAAGGAAGAGGAACAAGAUCAACGGAACAAAACAGAAUCACGUAUUCCAAUCAGAAGAGAGCCAAAAACAACCACAACGGUAACCGAAACGACUUCUGGGGAAGGAUGGAUUCGGAAUACUCACAUGGAUGCAGCUCAUCCACAUUCAACUGUCACUAUGAGAAGAUUAGGUAUCGAUGGAGAAACAAACACAAAGAAGACAACCGCUAGACCAAUUAGUAACGAGUAUAGAAGACAAACAGAUGAGGAAUCCUCUAUUAGACAGAGAGACAGUUUUAUUCAAGCAUCAGAUGUUGAAGGAUUCUGGACUGAUGGAGCCUACACUGAUUCUGCACCAACUCCUCCACCACAACCAAUUCACAGAAGUACUGCAGAGGAUAAUAUGCAAAGGAUUGGAUUGUCAAGAACAACAACAGAACCAGAAUUCAUUAAGGCAUUUGAAAGAGAAUAUACUGUCGAGGAAGGAGGAAGGAUAGCGAUUGAAUGCAUCCUUGUUGGAAAUCCAAAACCAGCAGCCAGAUUCUUCUUCAACAAUAAGCAGGUCACUGAGAAAUCCGAAUUUUUGAAGAUCUGCCAUGUCAACGACACCUACUCGAUUAUCAUCAGUCCUGCUAGAUUGGAACAUGCUGGAUAUUAUAAAAUGAUUGCUGAAAAUAAGAGAGGAGUCACAGAAUCGCUGACUGUCCUCCACGUUCGUCCUAGAUCUCUCCAAACUUACCAACAAAAGAAACAAGAGGAAACUCGACUACAACAACAACAACAACAAACACGAAAAAAUGUUCCAACUGAAUAUACUACUGUUGAAGAGGAAUUCGCAAUGUUCGAAUACGAGCAGAGAAGACCACUGAAACAUGAAGCAUCAAAGCUCUCAACUCCACCACCAGCUAAACGAAUUGAGUUGGAACAUAAGAAAGAUGAAGAGCAUCUGGAGACGUACGAUUUAGAAGGAAAGAAAACAUCUGGACAUCCUCCACAUUUCACCCAGACACUUGUAUCAACUGUUGUUGCUCAAGGAGAAAAUACGACCUUUGAAGGAAUUGUAACUGGAUGGCCUGCUCCAACAGUCGAAUGGACUAUUGACGGAAGGCCACUUGAUUUGAAGGAUAUCAGAGUUUCGAAUAUCGGAGGACGGGUUUCUCUUCACUUCCUCAAUUGUCAACUCUCCCAUGCUGGAAAAUAUAUGUGCACUGCCAAGAAUAACAGUGGAGUUGCUACGAGUAGUGCGCAGCUUGUUGUUAGACCAAAAACGAUUGCUCCAGAUUUUAUUCAACGACUUAUCAGUGAAGAAGUAGAAGAAGGACGCCAAUUAAAAUGGACUGUGCGAGUGACUGGAGACCCGAUGCCCAAGGUUAUUUGGAUGCGCGAUGGAUAUGAGAUUCCUGACUGUGAAGAAGUGAGGAUUGUUGAUCAUGGUGACGGAUAUCAUUCCUUGGUGAUUGUCAGAGUAGAAGGUGCAGAUAGUGGUCAAUUCACUUGUUUGGCUGAAAACAUCGCAGGAGAAGCGAGAAGCACAGCAGAUUUAGUAGUACGACCGGCUGGUUCAAAUCCAGGAAACUACUUCCAUGUAACUAAAGUCACACAAGAGAAGCAGGCAAAAGGAGCCGAACCAACAACAACGAGCGCAUUUUCGAUCGAAACACCCCGACAGAAACUGUGUGUUUCAUUUACAUUGGAUACAAUUUACUCCAAGAUUUACUACGCGCUGUCCGAAUUUACAGAAAUGGCGAGCAAAAUAAUCCGAGGAUGCAUCGACUCGUAUUGUGAUGCGGGACUCGGAUGCGUCUGUCUUGCUUGCGACUACUAUGACGAUCCACUGGCGUUGGAUGCUGUGAGAAGAAUGAAGAAGGAUAUCAUCAAAAGAAAACUCACAACUCCGAAACAAUAG